GUACGACUGCACCAUUGUUAGCAGAAUCAGAAAAGAUGAAAAAGGAGCGUGAUGAGUACCGCGAACGUUGUGAACAGUUGGAAAUUCAACUUGGAAAAUGUUCGAUUACACCAGCUGUUGUACAAUGUUCCAGUGCACCCGAAAUGACAUCACCGGAAAAAUCUGUGGAAUGCAAUGACUUUGAAAUGGAUGUAUCACUUGGAGAUGCUUCCUGUUCGAAUGGAAAAUCGCGUUCCGAAGCAGUUUCAAUGAUUCUGGAUUUAAUCGGGUCAUUCAAAGAGAAAGGUGCAACUGUGGAUGCACUCAAGGGCACGUAUUUGGCUGUUUACACACAGCCUAUCGAAUGGCAAUACGUUGUUGAAUUGAUCGCCUUCGGACAGAUCAAAAUUCAUUUCGAAACCGGGGCUCUAUAUCUUACUGGAUUUUUUAAAUCAUCAUAAAACUUUUUGUUCUU